AUGAGGGAGCUCAGCUGGGCUCUGCUUAGAGCCCCUCCUUUCACNGACGCCCCCCCGGCUUAUUCCGAGCUUUACCGACCCAGCUUCGUGCCUCUGGGAGCUGCCACCGUUCCCACGAUGUCCGCGGCGUAUCCGGGCGCUUCGGUGUUCCUGCCCGUGGCGCAGUCGGUGGCCGUGGGUCCCCUCGGCUCGUCGGUGCCCAUGGCCUAUUACCCGGUGGGUCCCGUCUACCCGCCGGGCUCCACGGUGCUCGUCGAAGGCGGCUUUGACCCCGGAGCCAGAUUUGGGGCUGGUGGCACGGCCAGUAUCCCCCCCCCGCCGCCCGGCUGUCCCCCCAACGGCGCCCAGCUGGCCGUGAUGCAGGGAGCCAACGUGGUGGUGACGCAGCGCAAGGGCAGCUUCUUCCUGGGCGGCUCGGACGGCGGCUACACCAUCUGGUGAAGACGG